AUGUCAGGGCCCCGGUUCUGUCUCAUUCUCCUUGCGCAGAUAACCAAGGUCCCAGAGAACCUGCUGCCCUUCGCCGUGCGCUGCCGGAACCUGACUGUGUCAAACACUCGCACCAUCCUCCUCACCCCGGAGAUUUACGUCAACCAGAACGUGUACGAGCAGCUGGUGGACCUGAUGCUGGAGGCACUGAGAGGGGCGCACUUUGAAGACAUGAUGGAGUUUCUCGAGGAGGUCAUAGAAGCCUUAACGAUGGAUGAGGAGGUGCGGACGUUUGGGGAGGUCAUGGUUCCAGUGUUUGACGUUCUCUUGGGCAGAAUCAAGGACGUGGACCUCUGCCAGAUCCUGCUGUACACGUACCUCGAUGUGCUCCUCUACUUCACGAAGCAGAAGGAUAUAGCAAAGGUUUUUGCAGGCUACAUCCAGCCCAAGGAUCCCAGCAAUGGACAAAUGUACCAGAAGACUUUGCUAGGCGCCAUUUUAAACAUCUCCUGCUUGUUAAAGACCCCCGGCGUAGUGGAGAACCACGGCUAUUUUCUGAAUCCAUCCCGAUCCAGCCCGCAAGAGAUCAAAGUGCAGGAAUCCAACACUCAUCAGUUUAUGGCCCAGUUCCACGAGAAGAUCUACCAGAUGCUGAAGAACCUGUUGCAGCUGUCUCCGGAGACGAAGCACAGGAUUCUCUCCUGGCUGGGGAACUGCCUCCAUGCGAAUGCGGGCCGCACCAAAAUCUGGGCUAACCAGAUGCCGGAGAUCUUCUUCCAGAUGUACGCCUCAGAUGCCUUCUUCCUCAACUUGGGAGCUGCCCUCCUGAAACUGUGCCAGCCCUUCUGCAAACCAAAAUCUUCCAGGCUGCUAACCUUCAACCCUACUUACUGUGCACUGAAGGAGCUGAACGAAGAGGAGAGGAGGAGUAAGAAUGUACAUAUCAAAGGUUUGGAAAAAGAAACAUGCUUGAUACCCGCUCUGAGCGACCAAGAGCCAGAGUUUGCAAACAGCUACAAUCUGGUGACGGAAAACCUGGUCCUCACACAGUACACCCUUCACUUGGGAUUUCACAGGUUACACGACCAGAUGGUAAAGAUAAACCAAAGCCUUCACCGCCUGCAAGUAGCGUGGCGAGAAGCUCAGCAGAGCUCCAGCCCUGCUGCCGACAGCCUCAGGGAGCAGUUCGAGCGCCUGAUGACCAUCUAUCUCUCCACCAAGACGGCGAUGACGGAGCCGCAGAUGCUGCAGAACUGCCUGAAUCUGCAGGUGUCCAUGGCGGUUCUGCUCGUGCAGCUGGCCAUGGGAAACCACGGGACGGAGCCGCUAGAGCUGACCUUCCCGCUGCCCGAGGUGGAAAACAGCGCGUUGGCCUAUGUGCCAGAAUUCUUUGCCGAUAAUCUGGGAGACUUCUUCAUUUUCCUGCGGCGUUUCGCUGAUGACAUCUUGGAGACUUCUGCCGAUUCUCUGGAGCAUGUCCUCCACUUUGUUACUGUUUUUAUGGGCGAUGUGGAGAGGAUGAAAAAUCCUCAUCUGCGAGCCAAGCUGGCAGAGGUGUUGGAAGCUGUGAUGCCUCAUUUAGAUCAGGCCCAGAACCCGCUCGUCUCGAGCGUGUUUCAUCGCAAGCGAGUGUUCUGCUCCUACCAGAACGCGGCCCAUCUUGCCGAGGCGCUUAUCAAAGUGUUUGUGGAUAUAGAGUUUACUGGUGACCCGCAUCAGUUUGAACAGAAGUUUAACUACCGCCGUCCCAUGUAUCCCAUUCUGAGGUACAUGUGGGGCACGGAUUCGUACCGGCAGAGCAUAAAGGCUCUGGCUGAUUACGCCUCGGAGAACCUGGAGGCAAUGAAUCCCCCUCUAUUCUUGCGUUUCCUUAACUUGCUCAUGAACGAUGCCAUUUUCCUGUUGGAUGAAGCCAUACAGUACCUCAGUAAGAUUAAAGUUCAGCAGAUCGAGAAGGACCGUGGCGAAUGGGACAGCCUGUCCCAGGAGGCUCGCCGUGAGAAGGAGUCGAGCCUGCAGAUGUUCGGUCAGCUGGCGCGCUUCCACAACAUCAUGUCCAACGAAACCAUUGGCACUCUGGCCUUCCUGACCUCAGAAAUUAAGUCCCUGUUUGUGCAUCCUUUCCUUGCCGAGCGCAUCAUCUCCAUGCUCAACUAUUUUCUACAACACCUCGUUGGCCCUAAAAUGGGAGCUUUGAAAGUCAAGGAUUUCAGCGAGUUUGACUUCAAGCCGCAGCAGCUCGUGUCUGACAUCUGUACCAUCUACCUAAACCUUGGGGAUGAAGAAAACUUCUGUGCCACGGUGCCCAAGGAUGGCCGCUCCUAUUCACCGAUGCUCUUUGCCCAGACCGUUCGGGUUCUGAAGAAAAUCAACAAGCCUGGCAACAUGAUAGUGUCUUUCAGUAACCUGGCUGAGAGGAUCAAGUCUCUUGCAGACCGCCAGCAGCAGGAGGAGGAGACUUACGCGGACGCCUGUGAUGAAUUCCUGGAUCCGAUCAUGAGCACUCUGAUGUCAGACCCUGUGAUACUGCCCUCCUCCCGUGUCACUGUGGACCGCUCGACUAUAGCCCGGCACCUCCUCAGUGACCAGACAGACCCUUUCAAUCGGAGCCCCCUCACUAUGGACCAGAUCAGACCAAACACAGAGCUUAAAGAGAAGAUCCAGCGGUGGCUUGCGGAGAGGAAAAAGCAGAAGGAGGAGCAGGAGGACACGCUGAACUGAAAACCAGGAUCU